CCUGUGUGACACUGAGACUCCGCCUCACAAAACAAAACACCUAACAAGUCUCUUCAUGAAAGCUUACGUUGUGGAGGUUUCCAUGUGGUCAUCUUUAAUUCAGCGAGCUGUCUACACUGUCCUUGCUCUUGUAGAGGUUAUAUGCUGUGCAAGGAGGAACCAGACAGUAAGCAAGUACUAGGCAUGUUGGGCAAAGGAAGCAGAAUAAAGGAAGUAGAAAAUGAAGAAAGGGAAUGGAGGAGGGAAAAACGCUGUUAUUUGUUGUUUUAGGUGGGGCGGUCAGACCCCUGCAGAAAGUGAGGGAUUGAGAUGAGCUUGCUGGGAACGUGGACUAGAAAGUGCGCUCCCCUAGGGUAGCUGCAACCUUGUGUUCUUUGUGAGCAGCAGGAAGAGGCUAGUGAUAGGCAGUGAGGCCAGGAAAGGCAGGGCCUCAUAGGGCUGCUGAGGUUGCACCUGUGUGCUGUGUGUGAGACUAUGGGACCCAGGUAAGUUGGGUCAACUGAUUCGUGGUCUGACUGGGAAGAGGACAACAGCACUUUGCCCUGUUUAAGGGAGUUUGUGUUUUGCCCACUUUCACAUCUUGGCUUUGCAUACACAAAAACUAAUUUGCCAAGAUUCUCUACUGUGCACUGUGAACUGACUUGCAGAAAUCUCCAAGAAGGAAUGGUAGACUCCUGUCUCGGUGUUUACAUUUGCCAUGAGAACGACAUCUGAUUUAACCAGGUGGAACCACAAAAGGACUAAAUUGUGAACUAAAGCAAAGGAAUUGGAUGUUUUAUCAAGUUUUGGAACCCUAAAGAGUCAUACUUGGUACAUUCAGGGCUGUAGGCUACCUGGUGUGUACAAGCCACCAGCACCGGUGCCGCACUGUCUUUGGGGUGGUCCUGGAAGAGCCCUGGAAGGUUGGGGAACCAGGGUUCUCGCUGCACACCUUCAGCUGCCAGCUGUCUUCAGGCACUCAUUACCGCUCCAUUUCUACUUUCUCAGAUGAGCAAUGGCGAUCAAGUGAGGUGAGUAGGAAGCACCUGGCAGCCUACAGUGUGCAGUGCGACUACCUUCUCUUCUUCCUGUAGGUUUCCUGUGGACCCACACCGUGGGUUCCAAACCCCCAUUCCGGCAGCAUGCAUUCCUGGCAUCCUUCGAGUUUACUUACUCACUCUGGCAGUGCCUCCAGAAGGUCCACUUUCAGAAACUGACUGCAGGCCAGACUGACAUUAUUUUCCUGGUGGCUCUGUUCGAAACCACCCAAAGGUAACUUUUUUUCAUCACCAUCAUUAGCAGCAUGAGGUUUACAGGAACUUCCACAAAACUGGUGUGCUAAAGAAUGCUGGGCCUGGAGGAGAUGGAGGCAGGAGAGGAGGCGCGCGCGGUGGCUUUGCCUGGUGGAGGCGGAUGCAGAAGGGGGACUUUCCCCUGGGAUGACAAGGAUUUCUGCGGUCUGGCCUUUUUAGGGGCAGGUGUUGCCAUGGGAUUUUUCUACCUCUAUUUUCGAGAUCCUGGAAGAGAAAUCACUUGGAAGCAUUUUGUACAGUAUUACCUGGCCAGAGGUCUGGUGGACCAGCUGGAAGUCGUGAAAUUUGUCCUUGUUAUUCCUGCCCCUGGGACCUCUUCUGAGAAGUACGUGUGGUUUAACAUCGGCAGUGUUGACACCUUUGAGCAGAACCUGGAGUCUGCCCAGUGGGAGCUGGGGAAUCGAGCCCACAACCAGGCGGUGGUGGUGUACACCACUGAGAGCGAUGGCUCACUCUUGUGAAGCCUGGUGCCCACCCUUCUCCUGGUUGGAAUUCUCCUCUGUGCUGCCAGGAGGGGCCCGAUGGGAGCUGGGCCCAGUGGACGAGGAUGGGGCCUCUUCAGCGUUGGUGAGACAACAGCCAGGGUCUUAAAGAGCAACAUUGAUGUGCGGUUCGCAGGCGUAGCUGAUUGCGAAGAAGCCAAAUUGGAAAUUAUGGAAUUUGUGAAUUUCCUGAAGAAUCCCAAGCAGUAUCAGGACUUGGGAGCAAAAAUUCCAAAGGGAGCCAUGGUCACUGGUCCUCCUGGUACAGGCAAGACACUUCUUGCCAAAGCAGCUGCAGGGGAGGCCAGUGUGCCCUUCAUCACUGUGAAUGGGUCGGAGUUCCUGGAAAUGUUUGUCGGCGUUGGCCCAGCAAGGGUGCGUGAUAUGUUCGCAAUGGCCCGAAACAAUGCUCCAUAUAUCUUAUUCACUGAUGAGAUUGAUGCGAUUGGCAGGAAGCGAGGCCGAGGGCACUUUGGAGGGCAGAGUGAGCAGGAGAACACCCUGAACCAGAUGCUGGUGGAGAUGGACGGGUUCAACUCAGCCACCAACGUUGUGAUGCUGGCCAGCACCAACCGCCCUGACGUCCUGGACUCGGCCCUGAUGCGGCCUGGCCAUUUUGACCGCCAGAUUUACAUUGGCCCCCCUGACAUCAAAGGCGGGUCCUCCAUCUUUAAGGUUUACCUACGCCCACUGAAGCUGCACGAGAGCCUCAGGAAGGACGCCCUGGCGAGGAAGCUGGCAGCGCUCACCCCAGGCUUCACUGGUGCUGAUAUUUCCAAUGUUUGCAAUGAAGCAGCUCUGAUUGCCGCCCGGCAUCUGAGUCCUUCUGUUCAGGAGAAGCACUUUGAGCAGGCCAUCGAGAGGAUCAUUGGAGGCCUUGAGAAGAAGACCCAGGUCCUGCAGCCCAGGGAAAAGACAACUGUGGCUUACCAUGAGGCCGGACACGCGGUGGUGGGCUGGUUCCUGGAGCAUGUCGACACCCUGCUGAAGGUGUCCAUCAUCCCCUGGGGCAGGGGGCUGGGCUAUGCGCAGUGCUUGCCGAGGGAGCAGCACCUCUAUACCCAGGAGCAGCUCUUCGAUUGCAUGUGCAUGAUGCUUGGGGGCAGGGUGGCUGAGCAGCUGUGCUUUGGGCAGGUCACUACGGGGGCUCAGGAUGACCUGAGGAAGGUCACCCAGAGCGCCUAUGCCCAGAUUGUGCAGUUUGGGAUGAGUGAGAAGCUGGGCCAGAUGUCCUUCGACUUUCCCCAACGAGGCAAGGCCCUGCUCAUCGAUGAGGAGGUCCGGCGCCUCAUCAGCGCUGCCUACAAGCGCACCCUGGACCUGCUGACACGGUGUCGGGAGCAUGUGGAGAAGGUGGGCCAGUGGCUCCUGGAGAAGGAAGUGCUGGAGAAGGCAGACAUGGUGGAGCUGUUGGGUCCCCGGCCCUUCGCGGAGAAGUCCACCUACGAGGAGUUUGUGGAGGGCACGGGUGGCCUGGAGGAGGACACGUCCCUACCCGCGGGGCUGAAGGGCUGGAACCGGGGACAGGAGGAGGGAGACAUAGAGCAGCCUGUGCGGGGGAACUCUUUGUAGCCGCUGGUGGAACUCAGGUGGAGCUCCGAUUACCUGGGACCUUUGCAAAGCAGCUGGAGAGCUCACCAAAAACAAAUUAAAACCUGACAGCUGCAAA